AUGGUGCGAAUUUUCAUAAAAGGAGGGGUGUGGAGGAACAGUGAAGAUGAAAUCCUGAAGGCGGCGGUCAUGAAAUAUGGCCUCAACAACUGGAGUCGUGUGGCUUCUCUCCUGGUUAAGAAAUCCGCCAAGCAGUGCAAAGCCAGAUGGUACGAGUGGCUGGACCCCAGUGUGAAAAAGACAGAAUGGACACUUGAGGAGGAGGAGAAGCUUCUUCAUCUUGCCAAAAUCAUGCCUUCUCAGUGGCGCACAAUUGCGCCCAUUCGGGGGAGAGAAGAUCCGCGGAGGCUGAGACCUGGAGAGAUUGAUCCGCACCCAGAGACCAAGCCUUCUCGUGCAGACCCCAUUGAUAUGGCGGAAGAUGAAAAAGAGAUGCUUGAAGAGGCCAGAGCCCGUCUAGCGAACACGCGUGGCAAGAAGGCCAAGCGUAAGGCCAGAGAAAAGCAACUUGAGGAGGCUCGCCGACUAGCGGCACUGCAAAAAAAGAGGGAACUGAAGGCGGCUGGGAUCAUUACGGGGGCAAAGAGAAGGACGAGAAAGAAUUUCCAGCCAUACGAAGAGGUUCCCUUUGAAGAGAAGCCGCCCCCAGGUUUGCAUUAG